AGGGAAGAACAGUUAAUGGAAGACAAGAAAAGGAAGAAAGAGGAUAAAAAGAAAAAAGAGGCCACCCAGAAGGUCACGGAACAAAAAACCAAAGUGCCCGAAGUGACGAAACCAAGUUUAAGCCAACCAACGGCCGCCAGCCCAAUUGGCAGCUCUCCAUCGCCACCAGUCAAUGGUGGCAACAAUGCCAAAAGGGUGGCAGUGCCGAACGGACAACCGCCAAGCGCCGCCCGCUACAUGCCUCGGGAGGUGCCACCGCGAUUCCGUUGCCAGCAGGACCACAAAGUGUUACUAAAACGUGGGCAGCCCCCUCCACCGUCCUGCAUGCUCCUCGGGGGUGGGGCGGGGCCUCCUCCCUGCACAGCACCUGGAGCAAACCCACACAACAACGCACAAGUGACAGGAGCGCUGCUGCAGAGCGAGAGUGGGACUGUACCAGAGUCAACCCUUGGAGGUGCUGCUGCUUCAAAUUAUGCAAAUUCCACCUGGGGCCCGGGAGCCUCCUCCAACAACGGCACCUCCCCCAACCCAAUUCACAUCUGGGACAAGGUGAUUGUAGACGGGUCUGACAUGGAAGAGUGGCCUUGUAUUGCCAGCAAAGACACUGAAUCUUCUUCCGAAAACACCACCGAUAACAACAGUGCCUCGAACCCUGGCUCUGAGAAGAGCAGUCUGCCAGGAAGCACCACUAGUAACAAAGGCAAAGGGAGCCAGUGCCAGUCUGCAGGUUCUGGGAACGAAUGUAAUCUUGGGGUCUGGAAAUCUGAGCCUAAGGCUAAGUGUGUUCAGGCUCCCGGCUCUGCUUCAGAUAGCAGCAAUGGACUAGGAACCUGGAGGGGUACAAGUGCUCACGAUAGAACCGGACCUGGCGCUGGCUUCAGCAACUUUAACCCAAACAGCAACCCAUCUGCCUGGCCAGCACUGGUCCAGGAAGGGACUUCUAGGAAAGGGGCAUUGGAAACAGAAAGUAGUAGUUCCAGUGCACAAGUUAGCACAGUAGGUCAGCCAUCCAGGGAACAGCAGUCAAAGAUGGAAAAUGCGGGUGUUAAUUUUGUUGUCUCUGGCAGAGAACAGGCUCAAAUUCAUAACACUGAUGGACCAAAAAAUGGAAACACUAACUCCUUGAACUUAAGUUCACCAAACCCCAUGGAAAAUAAGGGAAUGCCCUUUGGAAUGGGCUUGGGGAACACCUCCAGGAGCACUGAUGCCCCUUCACAAAGCACUGGAGAUCGAAAGACUGGGAGUGUUGGGUCUUGGGGCGCAGCUAGGGGGCCUUCUGGAACUGACACAGUCUCUGGACAAAGCAAUUCUGGAAAUAAUGGGAACAAUGGAAAAGACAGAGAGGACUCCUGGAAAGGAGCCUCUGUUCCAAAACCAACUGGGUCAAAAAGUGACUCUUGGGACAACAAUAACAGGUCUACGGGUGGGUCCUGGAACUUUGGCCCUCAGGACUCUAAUGACAACAAAUGGGGUGAAGGGAACAAAAUGACAUCUGGGGUCUCUCAGGGAGAAUGGAAACAGCCGACUGGGUCUGAGGAGUUGAAAAUUGGAGAAUGGAGUGGUCCAAACCAACCAAAUUCUAGCACUGGAGCAUGGGACAAUCAAAAGGGCCACCCCCUCCCUGAAAACCAAGGCAAUGCCCAGGCUCCCUGUUGGGGAAGAUCUUCCAGCUCCGCAGGAAGUGAAGUUGGAGGUCAAAGCACUGGAAGCAACCACAAAGCAGGAAGUAGUGACAGUCAUAAUUCUGGUCGUCGGUCAUACAGGCCCACACAUCCUGAUUGCCAGGCUGUCUUGCAAACUCUUUUGAGCAGGACUGAUUUGGACCCUAGGGUGCUCUCAAACACUGGCUGGGGCCAAACUCAAAUUAAGCAGGACACAGUGUGGGAUAUUGAAGAGGUGCCAAGGCCUGAGGGGAAAUCUGACAAAGGAACUGAGGGGUGGGAGAGCGCUGCCACACAGACCAAGAACUCAGGGGGCUGGGGAGACGCACCCAGCCAAAGCAAUCAAAUGAAGUCUGGAUGGGGGGAGCUCUCAGCCUCGACAGAGUGGAAAGACCCCAAGAGCGCAGGAGGCUGGAAUGACUAUAAGAACAACAACUCUUCUAACUGGGGCGGAGGACGAGCGGAUGAAAAGACACCUUCCUCUUGGAAUGAGAGUUCUUGUAAGGAUCAGGGGUGGGGAGGUGGGCGCCAGCCCACCCAAGGAUGGACUUCUGGGAAGAAUGGUUGGGGCGAGGAGGUUGAUCAAGUGAAAAAUAACAAUUGGGAAAGUUCUGCCAAUAAGCCUGUGUCCGGGUGGGGUGAAGGAGGGCAGAGUGAAAUUGGAACUUGGGGUAAUGGUGGAAAUACAAACCUAGCUUCAAAAGGUGGGUGGGAGGAUUGCAAAAGAUCCCCUGCAUGGAAUGAGACAGGCAGACAGCCCAAUUCCUGGAAUAAACAACACCAACAGCAGCAGCAGCCACCGCCAGCACAGCCAGAGGCUUCCGGUUCAUGGGGAGGCCCACCCCCGCCAACUCAAGGCAAUGUUCGACCUUCUAAUUCCAACUGGAGCAGUGGGCCCCAGCCUGCAACCCCUAAGGAUGAUGAACCCAGUGGUUGGGAGGAGCCAUCCCCACAGUCAAUUAGUCGAAAAAUGGACAUCGAUGAUGGCACUUCAGCUUGGGGAGACCCUAACAGUUAUAACUACAAGAAUGUGAACCUUUGGGAUAAGAAUUCUCAAGGGGGCCCAGCACCUCGAGAACCGAACCUGCCUACCCCAAUGACCGGAAAAUCAGCAUCAGUCUGGAGCAAAAGCACACCACCUGCUCCAGAUAAUGGGACUUCAGCCUGGGGUGAGCCAAAUGAAAGCAGUCCUGGGUGGGGUGAGAUGGAUGAUGCAGGAGCAUCAACCACAGGCUGGGGAAACACACCUGCCAGCGCUCCCAAUGCCAUGAAACCCAAUUCCAAAUCUAUGCAAGACGGCUGGGGGGAGAGUGAUGGACCAGUCACAGGAGCUCGCCAUCCUAGCUGGGAGGAGGAGGACGAUGGAGGAGUCUGGAACACCGCCGGCUCUCAGGGAAGCACUUCCUCCCACAGCUCAGCCAGCUGGGGACAAGGAGGGAAGAAGCAGAUGAAGUGCUCGCUAAAAGGAGGUAACAAUGAUUCGUGGAUGAAUCCUCUUGCCAAACAGUUUUCAAAUAUGGGAUUGCUGAGUCAAACUGAGGAUAACCCAAGCAGCAAAAUGGAUUUGUCUGUAGAUAAGAAAUUUGAUGUGGACAAGAGAACAAUGAACCUCGGGGAUUUUAAUGAUAUCAUGAGGAAGGAUCGACCUGGGUUCCGUCCACCUAACUCCAAAGACUUGGGAACCGCAGACAGUGGGCCUUAUUUUGAGAAGCUGACUUUGCCUUUCUCCAAUCAAGAUGGGUGCCUUGGGGAUGAGGCUCCCUGCUCUCCCUUCUCCCCUUCUCCCAGCUACAAGCUGUCUCCCUCUGGUUCCACACUACCCAACGUCAGCCUUGGAGCAAUCGGCACAGGGCUCAACCCCCAAAACUUCGCUGCUAGACAAGGCGGCAGUCAUGGUUUGUUUGGAAACAGCACAGCACAAUCGAGAGGCCUGCACACUCCAGUGCAGCCACUGAGUUCUUCUCCUGGUCUCCGGGCGCAAGUGCCUCCCCAGUUUAUCUCCCCCCAGGUUUCUGCCUCAAUGCUCAAGCAGUUCCCCAACAGUGGCCUGAAUCCAGGUCUCUUUAAUGUGGGGCCUCAGUUAUCUCCUCAACAAAUUGCCAUGCUGAGCCAGCUUCCACAGAUCCCCCAGUUUCAGUUGGCAUGUCAGCUUCUCCUGCAGCAGCAGCAGCAGCAGCAGCAGCAGUUGCUGCAGAACCAGAGAAAGCUCUCUCAAGCAGUGCGCCAGCAGCAAGAGCAGCAGCUGGCAAGAAUGGUGAGUGCUCUCCAGCAGCAGCAGCAGCAGCAGCAGCAGCAGCAGAGGCAGCCUAGCAUGAAGCAUUCACCUUCUCAUCCUGUUGGGCCUAAGCCACAUUUGGACAACAUGGUACCCAAUGCACUGAAUGUGGGGCUCCCAGACCUUCCGACCAAAGGGCCAAUCCCUGGAUAUGGUUCUGGCUUCAGCUCUGGUGGCAUGGACUAUGGUAUGGUUGGUGGCAAGGAGGCUGGGACUGAGUCUCGAUUCAAACAGUGGACCUCAAUGAUAGAAGGGCUGCCAUCUGUGGCCACACAAGAAGCCACCAUGCACAAAAACGGCGCUAUAGUGGCCCCUGGUAAGACCCGAGGAGGUUCACCAUACAACCAGUUUGAUAUAAUCCCAGGUGACACACUGGGUGGCCAUACGGGUCCUGCUGGUGAUAGCUGGUUACCUGCCAAAUCUCCACCGACUAAUAAAAUCGGAAGUAAAUCCAGCAAUGCCAGUUGGCCUCCAGAAUUCCAACCCGGAGUGCCAUGGAAAGGUAUCCAAAAUAUUGACCCUGAAUCUGACCCCUAUGUCACCCCAGGAAGUGUGCUGGGGGGUACAACCACAUCUCCCAUUGUAGAUACUGACCACCAACUGCUGCGGGAUAACACCACAGGGUCUAAUUCUUCCCUCAACACCUCGCUGCCUUCACCUGGUGCCUGGCCCUACAGUGCCUCUGACAACUCCUUUACCAACGUUCAUAGCACUUCAGCAAAGUUCCCUGAUUACAAAUCCACGUGGUCCCCAGAUCCCAUAGGACACAACCCCACUCAUCUCUCCAACAAGAUGUGGAAAAACCACAUCUCGUCCAGGAACACUACACCGCUGCCCCGCCCACCUCCUGGCCUGACCAACCCCAAACCGGCAUCUCCUUGGAGCAGCACAGCACCCCGAUCGGUCAGGGGGUGGGGGACACAGGACUCCCGGAUUGCCUCGGCUUCUACCUGGAGUGAUGGUGGCUCUGUUCGACCUAGUUACUGGCUGGUUCUUCACAAUCUCACUCCACAGAUUGAUGGGUCAACCUUGAGGACGAUCUGCAUGCAGCAUGGCCCACUGCUGACAUUCCAUCUGAAUCUAACCCAGGGCACUGCCCUGAUCCGAUACAGCACCAAACAAGAGGCAGCCAAGGCCCAGACUGCACUGCACAUGUGUGUGUUGGGAAACACUACCAUCCUGGCGGAGUUUGCCACUGAGGAUGAAGUCAGCCGCUUUCUGGCUCAAGCUCAGCCCCCUACACCUGCAGCAACCCCGAGUGCACCUGCCACAGGGUGGCAGUCACUGGAGACCAGCCAGAACCAAGCAGACCCCGUUGGACCUGCGCUGAACCUUUUCGGUGGGUCCACCGGGCUCGGGCAGUGGAGCAGCAGCGCUGGUGGCAGCAGUGGGGCCGACCUUGCCGGCACUUCCUUGUGGGGCCCCCCAAACUAUUCUUCUAGCUUGUGGGGAGUCCCAACGGUGGAAGAUCCCCAUAGGAUGGGCAGCCCUGCCCCUUUACUACCUGGUGACCUUCUGGGAGGAGGGUCGGAUUCAAUCUGAACUUAGAACUUUCAACUCUGACCUCGUGACCUUUUUUGGAACAGCAGCAGCACUAACUUGACCUUUUCGUUUUUUUUUUCAACUUGCAAUAAAUACAUUUUUAAAAGGAAAAAAGAAAACGGAGAGAGAAAAAAGGUGGGUCAUUGACAGACUGUCUGAGCACAUAGUUGCCUCCCUUAAAACUUCAGUUUUUUCGUUUGGAAUAUGAAUCCAAAAAGAGAACAUAUCACUCUUGAAAUACUUGAAUCAUGAACGCCAACCUAGAAAGACAAUGUGAAGCAAGUACACAUACCAUUUAAAUUUAAACACAAAAAAAUUAAAAAAAUUAGUUUCUAGUUUUUCACUUUUUUCAUGUUAUAUGGAAGUUGUUGCUAAGAAACAUAUAUACUGAAAAAAAAUAGCUUUUUAACUUUGUUUGCACUGGGUGUGUUUCCGUCCUUAGGUCUACCAUGUUUGGGUGGGAGGGAAAUUCAAAAGAAUUGUUGGGGGAGGGGGGAGGGAAGACUUGACGGAGCCUCACUUUAAAAACAAAAACAAAAAAACUUAAAAAAAAAAAAAAGGAAAAAUUUUGUGAUUGGCUGGUUGAUAAAUACCAGUGUGUUCUGGCACAUGUAACUGCCCAGGCAUGCUCGUUCUGGUAUGUGUGUGCACGUGUGUUCAUGUGCAUUUGCGUGCAUCCUCCUCUCUGUCUCUUUGUGUGUGCCUGCCCUACGUCCUGCCCUCCUUUGUCCCGCCCCACCCUGAUUUCUCAGAAAGCUGCAUUGCUUACAGUUCGCAGGCUGGCUGGCCGGCCAUCCGCUUUUUAUUAUUUUUGACUAUGAGAACACAGGAGCACGGGAGCUUGCAACUCAAGCCACUUCUCCCGGCUGCCUCGAGAUGAAGGGUGCUUUUCAGUGACAGCAGCAGCCAGAACUCGAGGGUCCGCAGCUUCCUGUUGUUGACCCAGCCGCAGGGCAGAGCACUGCCUAGGCCAGCGGUGCGGUGCCGGCGGGCGGGGCGGGAGGCGCCUCCCUCUGAGAAGCCACUGCUCACCUCUGUGCUGUGAAAAUGAGCGGCUGCCUGCAGGGCCGCUGAGCAAGCCGGGGUCUAAGUCGGAGCAGGCUGUUUGGCAACUUUGAAUGGGAACAGACGAUUCAAUAAUUUUUAAAUCAUGUGAUGUUUUAAAAGCAGAAAAACUGUUCCCACUUUGCUGUGUCAUCAGGUGUGAGAAUUUUUUUAAAGGAUUCAGGUAAUGCAAAUUCACUUAUUUCUAUCAGUUCUCAUUAUCAUUUAGGGAAAACAGCAGUAAGCUCUGCGCAGCCCCUGGAAGCACCGCAGCUCCUCUCUCUCUGCUCCUCUCUCUCGCUGAGCAUUACCUGUGCCAGGCCGCGGCGUGUUACAGCACCAGGCCAUCACUGACAGAAACGUUUACUUAACGAAUGUUCUUAAACCAGUGUGUACUUCAAGUGUCUCCUUUUGUUUCUCUGUGUUGUUUCCUGUGUAUGUGGUUGUGCUUAGGCAGAAAUAACUUAGCAAAGACUUAAGUAUUGCACCUUGUUUUGGUUUUGACCUCUUUUUUUCUUUCCUUGUAAUGUUGUUUUUUUUUUUUUAUUAUUAUUUUGGUAUUUAAAGACUUUUUUUUUUUAAAAAAAGCAUCAAUGUAGUAGUUCUCUGGCCGAACAGGAGGCAAUGUUUAAUCCACAGUUAUCACCAAUACGUAUGUACUAUGUUGAAAUCAAAAUAUAUCAAAUUUCUUAUUGUGAAGAAAGUGAAAGCAAACCUGGAGGGGGUCCUCACAUUCUAAAUAGAUGGCGGGUGGGCGGGCGGGCGGCGGGCAGAUGUGUGCGGGUAACAUGCUAGCACUUGUGUGGCUAUCCCAGUCUGCAUCGUACUGUCUGUUCAACAUGAAGUGCCGACAUUCUGUACCAGCAAUUACCUGCCCAUUCCAACCCUGAUGGGAGCAGACCUCUGCUGUCCUCUGUGACUUGCUGCUAUUGAGGACAAGGGAGUUUUUCUUUCUUUAGCAUCUUCAGUGAAGGAUACAACAAUGCCUAAUGUAUUUAACUUUCAGCUUGUUUCUUUUGUGUAGGUGGGUACAGGGGUAUGGAUAGGAAAAAGCAAACAAACAAAAAAACCCAAAAUUGCAUGUAAGUGGCUUUGUAAGACAGUGAGUGGGAUUCUAUAGUCGUCUUGGCUUACCUUGUUGGAUAUAAACCUAGCUUCAGAGGAGGCUGAUGGGCACCAUUCCCAUGAGCAGGCACUUGUGCUUGCCAAUCUGAGCGCCCUUGGCAGGUGGGUGGGCAAAUGAGUUUUUAGUUCUGGUUUGUUCCUGCAACACCUUGUUCUCAUGGACUCUGCCUUCCUCCUGCUCUCUGGUUUCCAUUACCACCAUCCCCUCUCACCUCUGCCCUACAAAAUGUCUCCUUCCAGCCCCACUGACUCUCAGUGCUGGAGCAGAGCUCUGUCGCAGGCGAUGACGUCCAAGUGAAGCUCAGCUUAUAUUCGGACAUCUGCAGACUGAAGGCUGAAUCUUAGUGUCCCCAGACUCCUGGGAGCCCGUGGGGACUGUCCACUGCCGCUCUUGGUUCAUGGCCCUGCCUACCCUCUCUUCUUCCCCUGCUCCUCUUUCUGCCUGUUGGGUCCUUGACCUGCACUAUGGCUUAGUUGAGUUCCUUACGAUACUACGGUGAAAGCCGGGUGCUAGAGCCCCUCUUGUUUACAAGACAUAAAUGAGGGAUUUGAAAUAUGUAAAAAUAAACAUGAGAAGCUAAAAUGUUCUUCCAUCAUAAGCUUAAAGGGAAAAAAACUAAAAACUUAAAAAAAAAGACCAAAAAGUGCGUGUGUAUAUAUAUACAUAUAUAUAUAUACAUAUAAAUAUAUAUUUUAGAUGAAGACUAACUCUGGGAGCAUUUAACAGUGUUUUUGUUUUUUAUUUUUAACAUUAUUUUCCUGCUUUAAAAUUUGCAAGCAUUCUCAGGAAUUCUAGGGUAGGAAGCCAGUUUUUUGAAGAUGGUUUAUUUAAUUGUAUCUUAGCCUAGACAGACAGCUGUUUCUUUCCUGUUAGUAAACUUUUACAAGUUCUUGAAACUUCAAAAAGUGUAAACGAUUUUUACUUACAAAAAUGUAAAAAGAAAAGUCUCCAAACAUUAUUAUCAUACAGGGGAUCACACAUUUUAAAAUACAUAGAAAUAUUUUUUAAAAAUUACCAAUUUAGCAGCAACAGGUAAAUUCAUAACAACUGCGGGAGAAGGCCCAGCUGUUCUGAGCGUUGUCACCGCCUUGCUUGUGCAUGGCUUCCCGGGGGAGUGACUGCUGAGCUCAUAGGACUGCCACCACACUGUCCCUUCUAUAUGAGGCUGGACUGACAUCUCCCCGUCAUGGUUUCCAGUGCAGCCCUUCUUCUCCCUGGCUCUCCAGCCCCAGCAACAAAAGCAAGGAAUAAAGAAAGAAACAGUAGCUUAAGUAAAAGGAUUGGCUCUAAACUGUGGUAGCGUGGUUGUUGGAUUGCUGAGAAUCUCUGUAAAGAGUUAGGAAAUAUAGGUUAAUUUUUUAAACAAAUUUUAAAUGUAAGCAUUACUAAAGGAAAAUUACCUAUGGACUGUUCCAUUCAUGAAGAGCGUGUCUCGCCUCCAUCUGUUACAGGAGGAGAAAACAGAAGAGUCUAAUAAGGAACAAGUGGUUUUACUUUUUUUUUUUUUAAGCUCCCAGCUACUGUUUGCUUGUUUUAAAUGCUGUUUUGAAGAUCUGCUGCUUACUCUCCCCAUCCUGGGAGGCAGAGACAUGGAGUGUUUCCUUUUGAUUUGGGUGGUGUUGAAUUCUGCUUUCGUAUUCCCUCCUGGGGCCAGAGGUCCUGGCCAGAGCUUCUUUCAGACUUUAAGCUUCCCAGUGGGAAAGAAAACGCAGCUCCACAAGUGAAGUGAACGGGUGGGGUUGCCUGCAUUCUCAGAGCCGCUUUAGUGCCUUCCGUACAUACACCCAGACAUCCUCAACGGGUGUGUGUGUGUGCAUGUGGUCCAGUCACUCCACAGUUGGCAUGAUGCUUGCCUGUAAAGGAAAUUGGAGUGGUUUCUGGACAGGCCCCAAAGGCAGUGGGCUAAAUCAAAAUAAACAAAAAUUGAGGAAGUUAAAUACUACGUUGUUUUGUCUUGAUAAUGUGGGAUGCCAAGUUCCUUCCUAUGUUGUGUGCCCUCCAUAGGUGCUGACUUCCCCAUGUGUAGAAGGGUGACAGUUCCAGUCAUGGGGAAAGUCUUUUUGUGCCGGGCCAGUGGAGGAAGGCUCCUGCUUCUCAGCUCCUGUUUUCUGUCUUCUCUCUGCCUCUCUCCCCUUUGUCCAUUUGUCAUCUUGCUGGAAGUUUUUGUUAUUGAUAGGCAAUGACCUAAGAAGAGGAUGUGGUAAAGAGUAUCUUGAAGGUAGAAAGUCCUUCCCUCCCUGUGGUAUUUAGCAAGAAUCCUGUCUACCAAGACAUUAGGCAACUUUGUUCUACAUGGAAAAAUUCCAUAAGCAUAUCGUUCCAGCACAUUCUGGCAUAUAUACAGAGGCUUGCUAGUCACCAUUAUAUAGAUUUGUUUUAUACACAUUAUGAGCAUGUAAGUAUGGGCUUUCUGUUUUAUCCUAUUUUAAAAAAACAAAACACAAAAAACUUUUGAUUAGUGGUAGAUAGACAUAUGUCUCAUGAGCAUCACAGGCUGGUUGCUGUCUAACCCCCCAUGAAUAGCCAAAAGAAAAGCACAGGUGUAAGAAAGAGUCGUCUAUCACUUGGCAGAGCCUCUGUUGCUGCUGAGACUCAGUGCCAUGACGCCAUUUAAGGGUUAAGAAGCAGGUCUCUGACAA